UCGUAAUUUUAUCCAACACGACCGCUUUCUCUAGGAGACGUCGAAGUUGGAGCAACAAUGGCGCUCGUGCUGUCCCUCCGUGUAAGUUUCUCUGCAGCUGAGACCCGCCACAAGGCUUCUACAAAGCCACUGAAGUUCGCCAAGAGAACCCGGGAGCCGAAGACACCUAUUUACAAUCCUAGGAAAGGUUCUCACAAGCCCUCUAGCAAGACGCAGAAGCUGAAUUCGGAGGUCUCACCUCACAGGGCAGUGUCUGCAGUGAGGUUGAUGAGAAUAGAGCUGGGUGGUGCUUUUGCUGACCUUUUGAAUGAGAAAGGGAAGGGUUCUGGUGAUAACGAGAUGGGAUAUGUUGAAAGAACUCUCGGAUUUCGUACCCGGGAGUUAGAUGACCGUGAUCUUAGAUUGGUUACAGAUAUUGUUGGGGGCACCAUCCGUUGGAGGAGAUUUCUUGAUUAUUUGAUCUGUUCUAUAUGCCAUGAUGAGAGCACAUUUAGAAGAAUGGAGCCUCUUCUCUUACAGAUUCUCCGAAUAGGUUUCUAUGAGAUUGUCAAGCUCGAUAUGCCACAAUAUGCUGUUGUAGAUGAGAAUGUGAGGCUUGCAAAGGUUGCCCUAAGACCUGGUGCUGGUAACUUGGUCAAUGGGAUUCUGCGGAAGCUUGUUUUGCUUAAGGAAAACAACUCUCUUCCUCUACCCAAAGUGGAGGGUGAUGAACGUGCACAAGCACGUACUCUUGCUAUUCUGUACUCUCAUCCUGUUUGGAUGGUAAGGCGAUGGACGAAGUAUGUUGGGCAAGAAGAAGCCAUUAGAUUGAUGACCUGGAACAACAGUGAUCCCAGUUUCAGCCUGAGGGCAAACAGUGGGAAAGGCGUUUCAAGAGCUGACCUUGUAAUGCAGCUAAAUCUGUUGAAGGUUCCACAUGAGCUUUCUUUGCAUUUGGAUGAUUUUGUCCGUAUUAAAACUGGGCUACAGGUUGUCAUAACAGCUGGCUUACUCAAAGAUGGUUUAUGUUCCGUUCAGGAUGAGAGUGCAGGAAUGGUCGUUUCUGUUGUGGAUCCUCAACCGGGUGAGAGAAUAAUUGAUUGUUGUGCUGCUCCAGGAGGAAAGACUCUUUACAUGGCAUCCCAAUUAAGUGGCCAGGGUAUGGUAUCUGCAAUUGACUUAAAUGAAGGCCGGUUGAGAAUCGUUAAAGAGACAGCCAAGUUGCACCAAGUAGAUAGUGUCAUCACCACCAUCCAUGCUGAUCUUCGUACCUUUGCUGAGAAAAAUCCAGUGAAGGGAGAUAAGGUUUUGCUGGACGCUCCAUGUUCCGGAUUGGGAGUUCUCUCAAAGAGAGCAGACCUACGCUGGAACAGGAAAUUAGAGGACAUUGAACAACUGAAGAAUUUACAGGAUGAGCUCUUCAAUGCAGCAUCUGUAUUGGUAAAGCCUGGUGGAGUUUUGAUAUACAGUACCUGUUCCAUAGAUCCUGAAGAGAAUGAAGAGAGGGUGGCUGCAUUUCUUCUCAGGCAUCCAGAAUUUUCCAUGGAUCCAGUUGACAGAUAUGUACCACCCGACUUUGUAACGGAACGUGGUUUCUAUCUCUCUGACCCGGUAAAACAUUCGCUUGAUGGGGCCUUUGCAGCUCGUCUAGUUCGAGAUUUAUAAAUCAGAUGUAAGUAUAGUAACCCUGGCAAUUCAGCACAUGUAUUUCAGAUUAGUUAUUGCAAAUACUGACAAACGAUGGAAAUGUAGAGACCAAUUCUACCGUUUGCAGGAUAAAUUUCACAUUCAGAAGAAGUCCUCUUUCUGCACACAACCAAAAAUAUGUACUUAAUGCCUGCUUUUAUGAUGGCCCUUUCUUC